UAAACGCUGACCGCAGUCCACGCUCAUUGUCCAGCGCUUCACUUGAGAGAACUGGUCCUGCAAGUUGUUUCUGAGCUGGAGUCAGAGAGCCUCACAUCGUCGACCUGCUGCACGGACACUGCGGAUCUCUCCUGACUGAUAGUGAUUUUUCUCGCCUAAUAAGUAAACGUCUCUUGGGGAACAGCCAUGCGGUCGGUCACUGCGUUUCUGAUCUUCCUGUGCUGUGUGGGAUUUAUUGGAUGUAAACCCUCAUCGCCCUGUCCGCGGGGACAGUUUCUACUGAAGAGCCAGUGCGUCCUCUGCCAUCCCACCUGCUCCGAGUGCGACGGCCACGAGCUGUUUGAAUGCACUACCUGUGGAGUUGAUGAAGAUGGACAGGAACGUUUCCUCCACCAAGGUCGCUGUAGGACGCACUGCCCCCGGGGACUCUACCCUGACAGGGGUCACUAUGCUUGCCUGCCCUGCAUAGCCAAUUGUGAACUCUGUGCGGAUGGCAACAUAUGUGCCAAAUGUCGGGAACACUACAAACUCCAGAAUGGGGUCUGCCAAACGGCGUCCUGCAAUACAGGGCAGGUGCAGGACCCUGAUACAGGAGAGUGCAUCGACUGUGAGAUGGGAUGCAAAACAUGUUCCACCGAGGACCCUGGGAUCUGUAGCAGCUGUGUUGAAGGUUACUUCCUCUUUAGACAUCACUGUCGCAGACAUUGCCCCCAGAGCACCUAUGAGGACUGGGGCAGGGGUGUGUGUCUGUCCUGUCCCGCACCAUGCUCAGACUGCAGGAGUAACACACGCUGCCUCGCCUGCCAGCCCGGCUACUUCCUCAAUGGAGGGGAUUGUAUUAAACAGUGCCCACCUCAAACCUUCAGUGACUCCACUGGGUGGCUUUGCCAGGCCUGUCACGGCUCCUGCCAGACGUGCCACGGGCCGCGGUCCUCCGACUGUAACCUGUGUCUGGGGGGGAACCCUCCUCUACAUGGGCAGUGCCCUCUGAUUAACUGCCCAUUGGGACAAUUCUAUGAUGGACAAUUCAGUGAAUGCCACACGUGCGAUGCAUCCUGUAAGACCUGCUUUGGCCCACAAGCACUCGAUUGUUCUACUUGUUUCAAAGGGAAUUUCUUGAGUCAGGACAGUUCCUGUGUAGUGCAGUGUCCAUCCGGCUCUUAUGCAAGCUCUGCCACUCAGCUGUGUGAGGACUGCUCUCCAAACUGUGAGUCUUGCAUGGACACCAGAGAUAACUGCAUCAGCUGCUCCAAAGGCAGCUACACACUCUUUCUCCACCAGGGGAGGUGCUGGUCAACUUGCCCAGAAGGUUUCUUUGAGACAUUAGAGGGGGCCUGUGAAGCCUGUGAUGUCUCCUGUUCCUCAUGUGAUGGGAUCAAGACCCAGUGUCUGUCCUGUGCUGAUGGCCACUACUUGGAAGGGGGUAUGUGUAGACUCAACUGUUCACUGAGGUCCUACCCUGCAGAUGAUGGCACCUGCAGACGCUGUCCCCCCCACUGUGACGUGUGCUCGGAUGACAGGACCUGUUUCAAAUGCAGUUUCCUCUACCUGAUGCUGAACGGUGUUUGUAAAGCAAGUUGUCCCAUGGGCUAUUAUGAGGACAUGGAGGAGGGCUACUGCGGUCAGUGCCACCUGACCUGUGACAGCUGUUCAGGGCCCCUGGCAGACAACUGUGAGACCUGCUCCACCUUUAGCCCAAAGCUAUAUAAGGGUGCAUGCUCCAAAGACUGCCCCCCUGGUACUUACUAUGACACAGAAGCUAUGGAGUGUCAAGAGUGUCACCAGACAUGCUUCAGCUGCUUCGGCUCGGAUGCCAACCAGUGCACCCAGUGCGAGAAAGGCCUCGUGCUGGAUCCAAACACACUGUUGUGUGGCGUGACGGGCGACACAGACUGCCCACCGAGGACCUAUCUCCACGACGACCAGUUCACCUGCAUGGGUUGCCACCGGCACUGUUACUCGUGUGAGGGGCCGAGCAACGAUGAAUGCCAGACCUGUGCCGUCCCCAAAUACCUUCAUAACAGCAGCUGUGUGAGUGAGUGUACAGACGGUACAUACGCCACAGAGCAGGAUGCUGAUGGAACGGAGCUGGGUCUCUGUUUGCUUUGUGAUCACGCCUGUUCCUCCUGCACUGGAGCUUCGCCCAAAGAUUGCCUGACAUGCUCUGUGGGACACCUGCGCCUACUCCACCUCUGUGUCACUAAUUGUCCCACAGGGUAUUACAGAGAGGGCUCUCAGUGUGAGAGAUGUGACCGAUCCUGUGAGCUGUGUACGGGAGCGGGGCCUGAGUCUUGCAGGGCCUGUGCCCCUCCUCUUCUGGAGCUGCAGGGCACCAAGCUGUGUGUGGAGCACUGUCCCCAUCGUUUCUAUCAGCUCAAUGACAUGUGCAAACAGUGCCACACCAGUUGUCAGACAUGCACAGAUGCCUCGCCUCAGGGAUGUUUGACGUGCGACUGGGGCAGCACUUUAAAGGACAAAGUCUGCUAUCCGCGUUGUGAAGAGGGGCGAUACUUUUCAGAAAAGGAAACGUGUGAGCCAUGUGACAGCUCGUGCAGGCAUUGUACCGGCCUCAGACCUGACCAGUGUUUGACUUGUCACCGGGGUUUUGCUCUUCAUGCUGUGGAGAGGCGCUGCACCCGCUGCUGUCAGGCUGGAGUCAACGACACUGAUUGCUGUGUUUGUGAUGGCCGCUCAGGUCUGUGUGUGGAGGCACCGCAACCCAAGUCAGGGGACGAUCAGGUAACAGACCUGAAUGUAUCGUCUGCAGCUCUGAAGCACACCUCAGCUGGCGUACCCAUCGCUCUCCUGCUGGCUCUUGGGUUGGCUCUGGCUGUGUUCGCCUUGGUCAAAGCCCAUGCCAGGAAGAAGCUCUGCUGGGGCCAGAGCUACGAGAGACUGAACGGCAGCGCCAACAUGCCUCACGGGGUCCCUGAGCCGGACAGCGGGGACGAGGUGGAUGUGGUGUACACCAGCAGAGGCGGAUCGGUGUAUCGACGAUACAGCUUCAUCCAUGAGCAGGACGCAGAUGCACCCCAUCAUGUGGAUGAGAGCACUUGUCUAAAUCAAAUGUAGAUACUUUGAAAACAGAGAUGAAGAUAUCUGAGGAAUGUAUUGUGGAUAAUCACAAAAUUAUGACUGACGGGAAAAAUGUAAAUUGUGCAGUAAUGUUAAGGAGAGUAGUGGUAUUUUUCUUUGGGAUUGUUCUUUUUUGAGUGCUGUUGAGUGUUAUUCUGCUCUACAAAGUGCCUAUACCUGUAAUACACAUUCUUAGAAGGGGCAUUUGUGAGUAAACAGUAAAAAAAACACAUGUGUUUGUAUGACUUUCUUUUUGUUACUUAUAGAUAUAUUCGUUCAACAGUGAAAUGAUUGUGUAUAAUAAUUGAAAUGACCAUGAUCUCUGUAAAUAGACAUUUAAAUGAAAUAAAAAUA